CCUCUCUAGCCAAUCAUUGAUUUUGUAUUUUUACCCAACCGGAAACGUUUAACGAACGUCGAACACUCUUGAAAAUAAAAGUAAAUAAAUUCAUUCAUUAGGUACAUAUUUCAAUUCGCCCGACAGGUACUCAAAAAUUAGUGUAAAGUAUAAUAAAGAAAAGCCGAAAACAUGCCCAAAAAGCAGCCGAGAAAUUCCUUCUACUAUUACAUGUUAGACUUUAAGGAGGAGAGCAGGAAAAAAGGGACACAUUAUAAUAAUAUGGCAGAAAUUGCAGAGGCUGCAGGGCCACUUUGGAAGGCUGCACCACAAUCAGUGAGGGCAAAAUAUGAGGCAAUAGCUAAAAAGGAGAAAGAGAAGACCAAUAUCCCUCUGCACAAGUUUACGUCUACUGGUAUAUCAUUAGCGGAGAUUGAGCAACAGGAGAAAGAGCUGCGGGAGGCAGAGGAAGCCGAGCAAAGGGAUAUUAAAAAUUUGGUUAAAUUGAAGAGCUUUAAUAAAGCUAUAAUAUGGGAAGAUUUCUACUUGAUGGAUGUGAGUUAUUAUUGCAAAGCUGGUCCUCAGUACUUGAUUGGAGAGUUUGCAGUUUUACGUUUCAAUAUACGAGAUGGUAUCAAAGAGCACUACCAUGAAAAUAUCAACCCAGGCCACAUACCAACAGGAUACGCGUCAGACGUAAAGCUGGGUAGUCAGGAGUUUGGCUUGGAUAUGCCAGACGAGGAUCCUCAGAAACGUAGCAACUAUAUCCAAAUCCUGGCAUAUAUCAUAGACUACUUACGCCAGCAGAAUCGGGAAGACAGACCCGAGAGGUCCCAACAUGAUAUGAAGACCCUGCCCCCUAUAUUCACUUUGCCAGAUAAAGUUGCUGCUGUACAAGAUUUUAUUCUACAAAUGUGCAACAGAGCUGCGGAGGACGACAGUAUAUUCCGCGUGUACAAGCUGGACACACUGCUGUUCACUAUGAUCAACGCGGUCGCCGGCUCCAAGGACCAGGGGCUGCCCAAGGAGUCCCUCGCGCUCGCUCAUCUCAAACUAGACUCCUUUAAGUACACACCCGGGAUCGGCUGUGAGCACCACGAAAACAUCGACAAAUCUGUUGAGUGUGCGAAGUCGCGCGUGACUCGCUGGGCUUACUCCAUGCUGGACCGGCUGCUGCCCGCCGCCGGCGUCGACCCCGCGCCCGGCCGCCACGUGCCCUACGACUACCACAUUGAGGGUAUUCACCAAUACAAAGAGGAGAAGAAGGUGACAACUGGACCUUCAAUUGGUAACAUUAGUAUGAUUGCUGGUUCGUCUUGUUCGUCCACGGCAAACAAUUCCUUCAACGACAGUACCGCUUCUACGAGCAACUCCAGGCCCUUGAGGACUCAUACGCCGCUACGCAAACCGAAUACUGACUUUUCUCAGAUCAUCCGCCCGCCUCCUGAGAUCACUGAGGACAGUUUCCCACCACUCAUGGCCGGCCGCGGUCGUGGCCUGGCCAGCAGCCUCAAGAAUAUGAACAUUAAGUAAAUGUGCCAUCAUAGGUAUAAUCCUGCCAAAGUUCAAUGUAAGCGUAUUAUGUUACCUUAAUAGUGCCUAUCUAGAUAUGUCCCUAGUUCAAGUCUAAGUCCUGGGGCAGACGGACUGGUAAGUGUUCGGGAAAAUAUGUAUAUAUAUAUUUAAUGGUAAUGGUCGAAAAUAUUUGUGACUGUAGUCGUCACAAACCGCUGAACGCUUGAUGCGUAAAAUAUUGAAAAUUAACUUGCGGAAGUCUAGCAUUUGUAUUCAUUUGUUCAGACAAUAGAUGAUAAUGAAAUUCUGUUUUGGAUA